AUUGAACAGCUUUUCGCUCAGGUCCAAAAUAAAAUAUGGGAUCAAGAUAAGUUUUUCCACACCAUGAAAUGCAGAGCCAAGAAACUUCAUUUUCAAUCCACUGGAGUCUUUAUUAGACAAGCCUACCUAGUCAGUGCUUUCCAACCAUUGUGCAAAAGAGGAAAACACUGGUUCAAGCUGUGGUAUAGAGAUCAUGCAUUCGUUAAAGAAAACUACAUCUACACAUACUCCAUCGCCAAGACUUACGGAUUUAAACGUAGAUCGCCAAGUUUCACCGGCUAAGGAAGAUUUCCGUUUGGUGGAGAUCGAUGAAGUCGACAAUGUAUGCAUUAUAUUUCCUUCUAUGGGAUCAAAAGAUCAGAUGCUCCCUAUACAAGAUCGUCCACUUCCGAAUGCUGCUGGACAACCUGCUGUCAAAACAAAUCCGACAUGUUUUACACACUAUCGAUAUGGACCUAAGACCUGUCUAGAGAAGAGACGAAUACAUCAGGGAAAGGACGUAAUAGGAAAUGACCACGAUCACCCCAAAAUGCAAAGGAUGGAGAAAGCCAUACAUUUUGACGGAUGUCGGGAUUUACAGGCUUCAUACGAAAGUAACACAGGAGGUUGGGUCUGCUAUUUGCCCAAGCCAGCUCAUACUAGUAAUAAAAUGUUGAUGCAUCAAAGCGUAAGUAAUUUAAAUGAAUUUCGAAGCAGCCUGGCCUCGCGGGAAAAAGCCGAACCGCUCGAUUUGAGAACUCACAGGAAAGUUUUCACUGGUGAAGUGGCAAAGAGUGACGAGAACGCAAACUCCUGGCUUGGUUUAAAUUGUGACUUGGGCGGAGGUAAGUCAAAUCUAGAUGCGAGUUUGACCAACGAUGAAAACCAGAACGAAUUGGAUCUCUCCGUAAUUGUGAAAGCCAACAACAUAAGUGAAUUUUCUGGGCACGGUGUUCAAGAACUGACAGAGUAUGAUUCCGAAACUGAGAUAGCAUCUCCUGCUUCCAUAAUUGACGAUGACAGCCUGAAAUCAACCAGCGACACUUGUCCAAGCGAUUACUCUGGUGAUUUAGACUCCACUUCAAUCUCACAUGGCCUCUCUGACGCAGCGCAGUAUCAAGGUUUUAGAAAGUCCACUCUUUGUAACCAAAAUAACACCGAAGAUGUAACGAUGCGAAAGAAGUGGACAUCUGGGGAAAUGUCCUUGCUCAUUAAAACUGAUAAAGUAGGCUCGACAGAUGCAAAUGUGAACUCCGAAUCAGGCGUAAAUCUGUCAGUCAAGAAAUGUGCGUUUAGCAAACAUGACAGCGCAGAAAUUGCGGACAUUGGUGCCCCUGCAGAAAAAUCUUUUCUUUAUGACGUGGAUGAUAAAAAGAAAACUGCCUUGAACAAGGAGUUGAAUGUCUUAAAUGAACAGAGGCAAAUUGUGAACCUUGCGCAGAAAGAGACCUGUAGUACAAAGCGUGUUACGGAUUGGGCAGUAGGCAUUUUCCGGCGUUGGAUGCUGAAAACAAAAGCCAGAUCAGCCAUGCCUGAUCUCUUGAAAAUGACGGUACCGCAGAUCAACACUUACUUGUGCAAAUUUCUCGUCGACGCCAGGAAGACCAACGGUAGUCGCUACCCUUCGAAAUCUCUGCAAGCCAUGGGACAGGGUUUGUUGCGCUACGUUAGGAAUAACCGAGUGUAUUCCCAAGCAGAGUGCGGCACUGUUGACGGACUUUUCAGGCCCGUGAACCAGGUUCUAUCUAUGGAGCUGCGACGGACAUUAUUUUACGAAAACUUGCAAGGUAGGAUGCCGAGAAUUAGGCAGCGGAAAUGCAAUGUCACGAAAAAAGGAAAAGAGAGAAGGGUAAGCGAAAGUCCAAAAAAUUUGAAAAAGCCUGUUGUCCAGGUUGAUGAAGAUGGUGACAUCGAGGACAAUACCACACAUUCUGUUAGCGGCGAUUCUCUUUCACAUGGCACAGUCCAGUCAUCUUACCAGCCUGAUGUCGUUGCACCCCGUGAUGAAAAUCCGCCUUCAGUGUCUUUUGAUGUACAAGAAGAGAACAACACUAAAGCACACGGUGAAAUCUCUUUAAGCCACGAAGAGGGUGGAAUCGCAAAACCCAUCUUAUCUCUCUCCACUUCUAAUAGUCUCCCCAUGUCCUUCAAACCUUUGCCGUCAGGGAAAGAGAGUGGUCAACGUGCGUCAGUCAAGGGCAAGAGUACAUUGAGAAACACCCGAUGGGCAUAUUCGCACUUCAACAGGUGGCGUUUAGCUCAGGGAGAGCUCGGUAAAGCGCUUAUUCCGGACAUUGUGGAUAUGAGCCCGGACGAGGUGAACUGUUACCUAGCAGACUACAUAACCAACGUCAUGAAAACUGAUGGCACUUCGUACAUUCCGUCAUGUCUCUACUCCCUGGCCUGUGGACUCUUACGUCACGUCCGAAGCCAAGGCAGGAACGAUCUCGACUUUAUGAACUCCAAAGACAGUCGUUUCGCUGAUUUCCAGAACGCUUUGGCGACCCGUGUGAAAUCUCUUGGGCAGCAUGAACCAAAAAGUCGACCAAGGCUUCCUUCUCUGAGACUUUUGACCCCAGCACAGGAGGAAAAACUCUGGCAGUACCAUGUGUUUGGCCUUGAGACAGCAAAAAGCUUACAGUACUCAGUGUUUUACUACAACUUUAAGCUUUUUGGUAUCAAGUCUUACAUGGCACACAGGAACCUCCGGCGACUUCAGUUUUCGGUGACAAGGCACAACGGAGAAAGCUGCGUGUUGUUUGACAAUCGCGAUAUGGGAGACAAAAUGUUACCAGAAGCCGGUGGGUAUCGUCAGGUGUAUAGGGAAGAACCUGGAUCCAGCCCGGGAUCUUUAGUGGAGCUGUACGAAGUCUAUCUGACAGCAGUAGGACCCACUGGACCGUUCUACAAACGACUUUUAGGUUUGCAAGGUCCCACUUCACGGUUCUCGAAGCAGAGCGUUGGCAUCCGUGCCCUGUAUGUGAUGUGGACGGAUAUCUGGGAAGCGGUGGUUCUGGAGUAAUGAAUAUUUCUUUGGAAGCUGAACCUCAGUCUACAGCGUCGUUAUAACUUCAUCUGGAAACGUAAAUCUGACCUUAAUAGUUUAGUAUAUGGAAGAAGUUGGUCCAUUUAGUCAGUAGGCUGUACUACCAAAUAGAUUCC